GCUUGAGUUUGUUGCACGGGCAGUGGAGCAGAGGUGUAACCGAUCCCAGCUGCUGCCGUGAGGGAAUGAGAGCUAUUCCCGUCCCCCGUGGGUUGGUCACGUGUCCUUGGGGAGCUUUUAGUUUGGGGACCACGUCGGGAGGAAGAGGGAGCGCAGCGUUGGUUGCGCACAGCCGAGUUGGACAGCAACAUCCUUAACAAGCGUUAAUGGUCCGGCGGUAGAUCAAGCAGAUCAGUUUUGUUUUGGGGCGUUGUCAUACACACUCCACACUUGGUGUGUGAAACACAGAUCCGUCACCGGCAACUGUCAGCGUGUGUGAUCCCUCAGUCACUGACUCGUCAAAACUUCUGCGCUUCCCAACUGUGAUCUUUACUGCGAGCGUCACACAUUGUUGCCAUCCACUGCUACAAGUCGACACACACGGAGCUGUCACGGCGGACCGAGUCCAUCAACGUCCACAGCGGUGCUGCUCAUCGCUAACUAGGCUGCCUCUGAGCCCACAGGUAACCGGCCAGCUUCUGUGGGAUUUGAUGUCACCUUUAGAUUGGUUCAACUGAAGAUGGAAACACUGGAGUCUGAGCUGACCUGCCCGAUCUGCCUGGAGUUGUUUGAAGAUCCUCUGCUCUUGCCCUGUGCCCACAGUCUGUGCUUUAACUGUGCCCACCGCAUCCUGGUGUCUCACUGCUCCACCAGCAAGCCCCUCGAAUCUAUCUCAGCUUUUCAGUGCCCGACCUGUCGCUACGUCAUCACGCUGAAUCACCGCGGCCUGGAGGGCCUUAAGCGCAAUGUGACGCUGCAGAACAUCAUUGAUCGCUUUCAAAAGGCCUCCCUUAGCGGCCCCAACUCCCCCACUGAGAGCCGGCGCCUGCAGCCGCAGCGGCCCUACACCGCCACCAUUAGUGGUACAAUAGCUGGAACAAUUGGCGGCGGUGGUGGUGGCACAAGUGGAAGUAGCGCCCGCGGCAGCCCGGCCACUUCCAGCCACUCCCACCCGCACGCCAACCACACCAAUCACGUCAACCACACCAACGCAAACCACAGCCCGGCUGUUGUUGCUAAAAUGGAUCCACGCAUAAGCUGCCAGUUCUGUGAGCAGGAUCCGCCGCGCGAGGCCGUCAAGACGUGUGUCACGUGCGAGGUAUCGUACUGCGACCGAUGCCUGCGCGCUACACAUCCUAAUAAGAAGCCGUUCACCAGCCACCGCCUGGUGGAGCCUGUUCCAGACACUCACAUCCGCGGCCUGACUUGUCUGGAGCAUGAGAAUGAGAAGGUCAACAUGUACUGCUUGGUGGACGACCAGCUCAUUUGUGCCCUCUGCAAGCUGGUUGGGCGCCACCGAGAGCACCAAGUGUCCUCACUCACCGAACGCUUUGACAAGCUCAAGGCUUAUCAGGUGAGCCCGGGCAGAGUGUCAGAUGCGGUAAUGGAGGCUUCAAAGACAAGCGCUGCGCAAACACUGGAGAACAACCUGACCAACCUGGUGAAGAGGAACAGUGAACUCGAAAACCAGAUGGCAAAACUCAUCCAGAUCUGCCAACAGGUUGAGGUGAACACAGCCAUGCAUGAAGCUAAGCUGGUGGAGGAGUGCGAUGAGCUCGUGGAGAUCAUUCGGCAGAGAAAGCAGGUCAUCGCUGUGAAGAUCAAAGAGUCCAAGGUGAUGAAAUUGCGUAAGCUGGCUCAACAGAUUGCAAACUGUCGUCAGUGUCUGGAGCGCUCCAGCGCCCUCAUCACGCAGGCCGAACAGAGCCUGAAGGAGAACGACCACGCCCGCUUCCUCCAGACCGCCCGAAAUGUAGCAGAGAGGGUUGCCAUGGCGACGGCCUCCUCCCAGGUACUCAUCCCUGAUGUAAACCUGAAUGAGGCGUUUGACAACUUUGCCCUGGAUUUCUCCAGAGAGAAGAAGAUUUUAGAAGGACUAGAUUACCUAACAGCUCCCAACCCGCCAUCCAUAAGAGACGAGCUGUGCACCGCCUCCCAUGACACCAUCACUGUUCACUGGACAUCCGAGGACGAGUUCAGUGUCACCUCCUACGAGCUGCAGUACACCAUUUACACUGGCCAGACAAAUUUUAUCAGUUUGUACAACUCGGCAGACAGCUGGAUGAUCGUACCUAACAUCAAGCAGAACCACUACACGGUGCACGGCUUGCAGAGUGGCACCCGUUAUAUCUUCUUUGUCAAGGCUAUCAACCAGGCAGGAAGCCGCAACAGUGAGCCAGCCCGCCUCAAAACCAACAGUCAACCCUUCAAGUUGGACCCGAAGACGGCCCACAAGAAGCUUCGUCUGUCCAACGACUGCCUGACCAUGGAGAAGGACGAGAGCUCACUAAAGAAGAGCCACACCCCUGAGCGUUUUAGUGGCACGGGCUCCUAUGGAGCAGCUGGUAAUGUGUUCAUUGACAGCGGGUGCCACUACUGGGAGGUGCUGCUGGGAGCGUCCACAUGGUAUGCCAUUGGCGUGGCUUACAAAUCAGCCCCAAAAAACGAAUGGAGCGGCAAGAACUCAUCCUCAUGGGUCUUCUCGCGCUGCAACAACAACUUUAUGGUGCGCCACGACGGCAAGGAGAUGCUGGUGGAAGCAAGCCUGCAGCUGAGGCGGCUGGGUGUCCUGCUGGACUAUGACAACAAUUCACUGUCUUUCUAUGAUGCCAUGAACUCCCAACACAUUCACACCUUUGAAAUCUCCUUCCUCCUGCCCGUUGUACCUACUUUCAUGAUCUGGAACAAGUCAGUCAUGAUACUCUCAGGGCUACCCGUCCCCGACUUUGUCGAUGGUUUGGCCUCAGAUCUUCAAGAGCAGCAACAGCAGCAGAUGGGCCUGUGCCGACAAGAGUCGCCAUACUUGACCGGAAUGAAGACCUGCCACUGAGAAAGGCCCACCGACGGCCUAUCAGAGUCCAUUCAGGCCCGGUGACUGAAAGGCUGACUGGGGGCUGAAAGACACUGACAGAGUGACUGAGUUCUGCUCUAAUCUUCAUUACGAGUGGACUAGUUACUUUUUUAUGGAUUAUAGGAAGUGAUGGAAACGUGCACACGAGUCUGGAAAAAUGUUGUUAGUUUGUAGUCAUCCAACGCUUUGCAAGUCCAUCAGUUAAUGGGAAACUAAUGGUUAAUGGUCUGUUGACUGUUAACGUCAGUGGAUGUCAAACUCAUCUGAUGCCCUGGAGUCACUGAGAAAGAGAGCUUUUUUGGUCUGUCAUUGGGUAGCGCAGGACUCUUGGUUUUCCUGACCAUUUAAGGUCUUCCUUUUUGAUUUAUUUUCCUCUUGAUUUGACCCUAGGCAGAAGAUCAAGGAGGAGAAUGUUCUCUCCAUUUAGAGUUUGAAGUACAACAUUUGAACAGCGACAUUCCUAAAUGUCUCACCUGCGGUAGAUUAAAACAAACACAGCAAAAGCGGAGGCAGCAGAAAAUGAAAAUAAAAAAUCUGAUGAAAUGAUCUUAAUUAAGUGUUAAAGGAUUAGUUUGGUAUUUUUAAUUUUGGUAUUUGCUUUCUUGGCAAGAGUCAGAAAGUGAACAAGCGUAUGUCUCAAAACAUUUAUUAAGUUAAAUGUGUAAAUAUGUCUGCUUUGAGUUUUUACUGUGUGAGUUAGAUGCUACCACCUUGCUAACACAAAUACAUGCUAGCUGUGGGAUUUUUGUGUUGCAUCACAGCACGGGAAGCGUUAAAAAAAUCCUCUGGUGUCACUGUUCAUGUGUUGCACCCACAGUCGCUGUAAGUGGUCGUUGUUGAUGUCUUUUCCUUGGUCUUCCUCCUAGAUUUGACCCAGCAGCUUCCAAGUUUCAGGAAGUGUUAACGUUGCUCCCAGAUAUUGACAAGGUCACAGGGGGAAGAUUUGCAUCAUGUGACUACUCCAAUUGUAUAAUAAGAGGUUUAUUGAAAACUACAGGAAAAGGUGUUAUUUAUGAGAAAAAAGAUGGUUUACUUUUAUUAUUAAUCUCAACAUAUUCAUGCACUUUUUAAUUAGCACUAUUUCCCCUCUGUGAGUAUUUGAAUAGAUGGAGCUGAGUGGCAGGGUUGUAAUGGGGAGAGGAAGUGACAACUAGCACUAUGGUUGUGUUUAGUCAUAUUUACAAAAUAAUUUAUGAUCAGUAAUUAAUGAUGGUAACUAGAUAUUACAUACACAUGUUUAUUGCAAUAAACACUGUUAAAACUUUUUUUGUUUUGUUUUGCAAACACCUAAUCUGGUCAUUCAAAGCACUUUGCAAUAAAACAGAAAUCUCUGCUGUAAAGUUGAAAAGGUUUUUUCUCUCUGUGCUUUGAACACAACCAGCGGCUUUCCCUCCCCAUUGGUCUCUUCAAUAGCAUAUAAUAAUAAAUAAAGGGAUAUGAUUAUGAUGAUGUUUAUGCGAUUUUAAUCACAAUGAAACGAUGAUAAACUAAUAGCUGUUUAAAAAAAAAAGAGUUCACUCUGUUUUCGACUAUUUCAGGGAAGGGGGCGGUUAACACUUUAACUUGCUGUCUGUCGCAAUGUCAUGGCAUGAUUGUGUUUUCCUCUGUGAUUUGUUAACGCACACACACAUGCACAUACACUCACACACACACACGCACACCAACACACGUCAUGUUUCGUUUAGGUUGGCCUCGUCGUGAUAAAUGCAUGAUACAUUGUAGGAUCCCACAAUGGUUCACUGGGUAAUUUUAAGUAGCUCUUUCACCUUCAUCAAAUCUCAGUUUCAUCACUCACCUGAAUAUUUGCUUACAACAGACUUGACUUUGAACUCUGUCUUUCACCCAUCACUCAAAUAACAGCUGUACCUCCAUUGUUUGCUUAUUAUUUGGUUUUGAAGGUGUAGUGUGGGUGGCAGUUUCUCUCUGGUUUGAUAUUCAGGUAGCGUCGCUGACUCCGACAAUCAAAUAUGUAUCACAGUUUAUGCAGAUUUAAGAGGUUGUGUAAAGAGGGAUUGUGAUAAAGUGACACUUGAGGUUGUGUUGACACAGGCAGAUGAUUUGCAUACCAUCGUGUUAGAUUUGACAUGAAAACCUUGACACUUUAUGGCCAUUUUUACUCUCUUCACACAUCACCAGGUAUGUACUUGAUCUUGAAUGUUAUGUAACAUUUUGUAUUGGCAGGCUAUGAUUUGCUUGACUUGAUAAAACAGACAUACCCUGCAAACACACACUGAUUUCUAUCAAUUCCUAGUAGCCUUGGUUACUUAUUAACACAUCAAAGCAAAGAUCCAGUGAAAACGCUCAGCUAUGGAAAGAAAGUUAGAAUCUGACAUGUCAUGGCCUCCCAGUGUACCUUUCAACCUGCAGUGUUUAAUUAAGGCAACUCUGUAACACAUCCGUCACGACUGAUGUUUUGAUUGCCUGAGUGCAACUUGACGACAGAGAGAAUCCACUGGUCAAAGAGAGCACAGUGGGAGCUCCAAUAUGAGGGGAGGGUUAUUUUUUCUGCCAGGGAGAUUAGUGAAUGUUACCUGACUUCCAGAUAUCCACCCAUCUUGUUGAAUAAUGUCGGUCACAGCCGCGAAACGGCCACGUGUUGAUUUGUGAUCCGGACUGACAAGCUCAACCCAUCUGUGCAAGUGUGCUUGGCUGGGUCACUGCAUGAUUAUGUGACCCUGCUGCAGGUUUCAUAACUCUUUCCUUAUCUUCAUGAUGAGGUUUCUUAUCUCGAGUCAAACAUAUUCUCUCUUUUUUCCCCAAAAAAAGAAAAAAAAAAAAAAACAAGACAAGAAAUGUUCAUUGCCAUGCAUAUCAGAUCGUUUGCAGUGCUCUUUCUUUCUUUGUGUCACAAGUCAAUACAGUAAAAUAUAUACAGUGAAUGAUUUUCAAUAGCUACCCACUCCUCGUAGUGCAGUGUAAUACCCUAGAGACAAUGCAAUAGAUUCUCCUUUUUGCUUUUCUGUUUGUGUAAAUUAUUUUUUACGACUCAAAGAGAAACACGCUCCUCUCCUUUUGGCAUUUGGACCUUGACAAACAGCACAAAAAGAGCAGCUUUGCUUUCAUGCAAGGCUUCCUGUUUCCAUAGAUAUAAUUUUAGCCAGAGAGGAAUGUAAAUCAUAGGGGGAAAUAUAUAUUAUAUAAAGUUGUAUAAUAUACAAAAUAUAUAUGAACCAAUGUUAUUUAUGUGAAUUUAAGUCCAAUUAAAAGUCUGAUCCCAGA